UGAAUAACGACGUUCCUAAACCAACUAAUACUCAAUAGUGGUGACUGGUGAGUGUAAGUUAUCAUUACAGUGAUAAAUAAUAUAACAUAAAAAGGUCAAAUUAAAAUAAUUAAGAGUAUAAUAAUGUAACAAAUUGAAUCCUACCUACCAUGGCCAUGAUAGGUUGCCUUGUCAUAUUGUCUCAGCCUAGUCAAAGACUUUGUUUCCAUUUUCCUAAAAAAAAAAAAUAAAUGAAAAAACAAAAAGACUUUGUUUCAACCAAUUUUGUAGAUUAGCUUGAAGUUUGUACAAUUUGAUUGAUUACUUUGCUUGCUUGAUCUCUAACCGUGUUUAAACUUUGAUAUAUCAACUGCUUUUUCUCAACUGACCAGGCUUCAUGGCUGAAGCUGUUCUCACUGUUGUGCUUGAGAAUCUAAGCUUGCUGAUCCAAAAGCAAGUUGGAUCUAUUUUGGGUGUGGAGAAAGAGAUGGAGAAGAUGUGUAGCAUGCUCUCAACCAUUUCUGCUGUCAUUGAAGAUGCUGAGGAGAGACAAUCAACUAAUCGUGCUAUCAAGAAUUGGCUACAAAAGUUGGAAGAUGUAUCUUCUGAGUUGGAGGAUGUUUUGGAUGAUUGCGAAGCAGAGGCCUUUCGAAUGGAUCAGAAUCAUCUACAAUAUGAUCACCAUAAGUGGAUUCGUAAGGUACAAUCUUCUUUGUCUUGUUUGAGUCCUAAGCAUCUUUACUUUCGUCACAAUAUUGCUAAAAAGAUGAAAGAGAUUGAGGAUAGAUUAGAUCAGAUUGCAAAUGAGCGAGUUCAUUUUCACUUGCAAGAGGUUGAUGUUGGGGAGAGACGGAAUCAAAUUAGAGAAAGUCGUCAAACUGGUUCUGUUAUUACUCAACCACAUGUGUAUGGGAGAGAAGAGGACAAGGAGAGAGUUGUUGGGUUCUUAGUUAAUGAUGCCAUCAAUUGCAGUGAUACUUCUGUUUACUGUAUUGUUGGUUUAGGAGGAAUGGGAAAGACAACUCUUGCUCAAUGGGUCUUCAAUGAUGAAUGGCUCAAUGAGCAUUUUGAGUUGAAGAUAUGGGUUUGUGUUUCUGAAGACUUUGAUGUGCGUAAAUUGAUCAAAGCUAUCAUAGAAUCUGGAAAUGGGCGUCCUUGUGAAGCAAUGGAAAUGGAUCCUUUGCAGAGACGACUUCAGAACAUGCUUCAAAGAAAGAGAUUCUUGAUUGUUUUGGAUGAUGUGUGGAAUGAAGAUCAUGAGGAAUGGGACAAAUUGAAAUAUGUAUUGGAAUGCGGAUCAAAAGGUGCUUCGGUGGUUGUCACUACUCGUUCGAAAAAGGUUGCCUUCAUUAUGGGAACAACACCAACGCAUCACUACUUGACUGGUUUAUCAGACGAUGACUGUUGGUUAUUAUUCAAGCAACGUGCAUUUGGUAACCACAGAGAAGAGCGACCUAACCUUGUGAAUAUCGGAAAAGAGAUAGUGAAGAAGUGCAAGGGAGUUCCAUUAGCAGCAAAAGCUUUAGGAGGCUUAAUGUGUUUCAAAAGUGAAGAGGAGGAGGUGUGGCUUUCUGUUAUGCGUAGUGAGCUUUGGAAUUUACCGGAGGAUAAAGCUUCCAUCUUGCCUGCUUUGAAGUUAAGCUACCUUCAUCUUCCAGUAGAGCAGAGACGAUGUUUCUCUUAUUGUGCUAUAUUUCCAAAGGAUCACAAAAUAAUAAAGACAAUGUUAAUUCACCUUUGGAUGGCAAAUGGGUUGAUUUCUUCGAAGCCAGAACUUGAACUUGAGGUGGAAGAUGUUGGAAAUGAGAUGAUUAAUGAUUUAUGUUGGAGAUCAUUUCUUGAUGAGGGCACAGUGAUGGGUUUUGACGGAAGUAUCUACUAUUUCAAGAUGCAUGAUUUAUUUCAUGAUCUAGCUCAAUCUAUAAUGGGUGACAAAUGUCGUAGUGUGGAGGUUAAUGAUGAUACUCAUACUAUCAACUUGUCAGAAAGAGUUCGUCACUUGACAUGCACGUUUAGUGGAUUAGGGUCAUUUUCUAACAUACCAAGUACUAAAUCCUUAAGGACAAUCAUGACAUUAUCAAAUGAUUCAAUCGCUUGUGAUAAUUAUUGGAAUUUUUGCUCAUUACGAGCGUUUGAUAGGAGCUAUGUUGUUAUUCAUAAAGCGUCUAUAUCAUCAUUGGUCAGUAAUUUGAAACAUGUACGCUAUUUGAAUCUCUCACAUACUAGUAUUGAAGUCCUCCCUGAUUCCAUUUGUUUGCUACACCAUUUGUUGACUUUAAACCUAAGCUUUUGUUAUGAACUUCGUAAGCUACCCAAACACAUGAUUCGCUUGAAAGGUCUGCGCCAUCUUUACAUAAUUUUUUGUGACAAAUUAUCACACCUACCACCAAACAUUGGGAAGCUAAGUUGCUUAAAGACUUUGACAAAUUUCAUUGUGGAUAAAAAAAAAGGUUGUCAAUUGGAUGAAUUGAAAGACCUGAACAUAGGAGGUGUUCUACACAUCAGGAACCUAGAAAAUGUGAUCAUGAAUCCAAUUGAAGCUAGAUUUGCUAAUCUAUCAGCCAAAAGAAGUCUAGAAGGACUGUAUUUAUGUUGGAAUAACAAUGAAGAGGAAUCUGAAGAGAAUGCAAAAGAGGUACUUGAAGCUCUUGCUCCUCCCACGAGUUUGAAAUGGUUGGAAAUUCACUAUUACAAAGGUGCCCACUUCUCGUCUUGGUUCCGUGAUGACAUUCUUGGAAGUGUUGUUCGCAUCACUUUAUCUUAUUGCCAUAACUGUAGAGAACUUCCGCAUUUUGGUAAACUAACAUCUCUUCGAUAUCUUGAAGUAUCAAGAAUGAAGUUAGUGCAGUUUAUUCACAGUCACGGAGACUUAAGAAGUAGCUUUGGAUGUUUAGAAAGUCUUGAGAUUGUGAAUUUACCAAAUUUGGAAGGAUUUUCAAGGCAUGAAGUUGGAAAUGAAAUGUUCCCAUGUUUGUCUUCCUUGGAAGUGACUAUAUGCCCGAAAUUGAGCUUACCUAAACUAGGAUCUGUUAAAUCUCUGAGGGUGGAUGAUGGGAGACAAGUGUUACUAGAAUCCAUCUCUAAUCUCUAUGGUCUUACUCAGCUUCACAUGGAGCGUUGUCAUUUGACUUCCCUUCCCCAAAAUAUGCUACACAACCUUAAUUCGCUACAGUUUCUAGAAAUCAGAAGUUGUCCUGAACUCACGUGCCUACCAGAGGGAAUGUUUCGAGAUUGUUCGUUGCAGAGAAUUUGCAUCGCUGAUUGUGAAAAGUUAAGAUCACUAUCUGAAAGUUUUCAGAAUCUUACUAUGCUUAACCAUCUAGAACUUGAUAAUUGUCCAGCAAUUGAAGAAGGCUUUCCAAGUGGUCCUAAUCAACUCAUAUCUCUCCAACAUCUAUAUAUAGGAGGCUCCUAUGAUGCUUCUCAAAAGUUGCCUGUUCUGCCCGAAAGCUUGCAGCACCUUUCCUCACUUGAACAUUUGAAAAUAUCCAUGUUCUCGGAGCUUGCAUCGUUGCCUGAUUGGCUUGGAAAUCUUACAACUCUUAAAGAGUUAAACAUCAUAUGUUGUCCGGAUAUGGAAUGUAUUCCUAUGAGCAUGCAAAGGCUGACCAACCUAAAGACAUUGUAUAUUCAUAAGUGCCCAAAACUAGAGCAGAGAUGUGAAAAGGAAGUAGGGGAGGAUUGGCACAACAUAUCUCAUAUUCCACAUGUGAGAGUACUGAGAUGAUCCAGCAGAGGAUGAUCUACAAAGAGAAGAAGAAACUUUAAAAUAUUGCAACUAAGAAAAGCAUUGAGAUGUUGGAUGAUAUAUAGCCCCAAAACAGGAGUAGAAUCUUCAUGUUCUCAGCCUUCUAAGAGAAUGAAAACAAAUCCUAUGUUAUCAGCUUUAUAAUGAAGUUGGAACACUAAAAUCCUUUCUUCAUCAAGAUUGUUGUACAGUAGAACUAUCAAAUAAGUGAUGGUGAGAAGGAGCCAAAGGGAGAUGCCAACAUGAUUAUGAUGAAUGUAUGUGAAAAUAUGACUUGUUAAUUACACUAUAUGGUUAGACAUUAAAUCUAAUAUCUAAUGGUCAAUCUCAGACUUGUAUGAGGUCCCUCUUUGUAUCUAACUUCAGAUUUAGUAUCAAACAUUCAUUCUCAUUCUCAUUCUGAGUGUAUCUUAUGAGUUUUAAUUUGUGUAUUGUAUGAAUUGUCAAUACAGCACAAAAUUCAGCAAUAAAAUUAGAACAAAUUAAUUAAUCUUUUACCAAAGGAGUUGUGUUCACAAAGAAAUUCCAAACUAGUAUAUAAAUAUUUAGUAAUAUUUACCUUUUUUUGCCUUCCAAUUCCAAUAUUUUUGCCACAAGCAUAGUUGUGAAGCACUUUAAAGGGUCCAAUACCAUACCGAUAUGAUAUUAAUGUUGAUUUGUCUAAGGUAUGUGACACAAUUUUUGGAAUGUUUUGCAGAAAAGCAUUGAGAUUUUGGAAUUCUAAGUAUGACAUAUUUGUUUCAUAUAAUACAGGAAAUCUUGAAUAACCUUCUAAGAGCAACAGAGAUGAACCAGCACUGGCCGAGGCGAUUGGGAUUAGAGAGGUUCUCAGCAGCCAGCUGAGGUGGAGACAGACUGCCCUUUUGGUGGUUCAAGACUUCUAUGAGGUCCCAGUUUUAGUUAAACAUUCAUUGGCUUGCCUGAGCUGCUUAUACUUUCACUGAUGGUAUUUUUGUAGUAGAGGGUGAUCUUGCCUCAGACUUAAUGCCACUGUUAAUGGCUGAUGGUGUUCUUUCUUUGUACUGUUAAGGAUUUAAAUGGAAAGCCUUUUGUGUAUAUUUGAAAGGGUAUUGCAGUGUCAGUGUGUUUGUGUUA